AUGCUCUACGGCGUUAUUGAGCCAAAGGGCAACAGAAACCUUUGCGCCAGGCAUGCGAAAAGCUGGAAUCUCCAGCUCCAGGCGUACGAAAAGCUGGAAUCUCCAGCUCCAGGCGCGCUUUUGGCCCGCGAAAGUGUGCCAGGGGAUGCCGGCGGCCUUCGAGACGAAGGGGUGCUCUACGGUGUUGUAGAGCCGAAGGGCAACAGAAACCUUUGUGCCAGGUUGAACCAGGGCGCCUGUUGCCACACGAAAUGCGACAACCCGCACAAGUGGGCUGGGUUCACACUCACCUACUCGAACUGCCAGGUCAUCGAGGGCAAGUACGAGAUUGACGGAAAGACGAUGGCCACGGAGGACCUCAUCUUCAACGGCUUUGACCUUCCCGACAGCAGUUAUGUCUGCCGGGAGGUCUGCGAUAUUGAAGGGUACAAUCAUCGCCAUUCAGGAGUGACGGUGUUCCGCAGUGGUGGCGACAAGAGCUCCCAGCCCGUUUGUGCCUUCAUCCAUCUCAGGUAG